GGCCUGAGUGAGCUGGAGAAAGCAUAUCGGCUCUUCCCCUGUCAGGCGUGCAUGUAUUUUCAUGUUCGUGUAUGGUUGCAUGGUCACUGCAGUUGUUUGUGCAUGCAUGGCCGCGGUAGGGCGGGCUGCAGCGCAUUUGCGUGAGCGGGGCCGGAUUUAGAUUUAGGGCGGGUUGCAUUUGCGUGAGCGAGGCCGGAUCUCGCGCUGCUUCAGUGCGGUUAUCAUUCUGUGCGGAAGUCGUUUUCAUCCCUACACCAGGGGCUCCGAGUCCUGAUCAGCUCUCCUCUUCCUCACAGCUUCCUCCUCUUCAUCGAAAACACAAUAAACAAAUACACACACAAACGGUUUUCGCAUCCGGGGCGUCUGUCGUGUCUGUUACCGUCGUCCUUUACAGGGUGAUGGCAAGACCAAGCCACAGUGAGCAUGUCCUGCAGCAGCUCAACAACCAGCGAGAAUGGGGCUUCCUGUGUGACUGCUGCAUCGCCAUUGGUGACAUUUACUUCAGGGCCCACAAGGCUGUGCUGGCUGCCUGCAGCUCCUACUUCAGGAUGAUGUUUAUCCGUGACCAGCAGGGUACGGCGCGCCUCGAUCUCAGCAACAUGCAGAUCAGUGCAGAGUGCUUCGACCUAAUCCUGCAGCUCAUGUACCUCGGCCGAAUCGUCGUGGGACAUUACGAGUUCGAAGAACUGAAGUCAUCCAUGGCUUAUCUGCAGAUGUACUACAUCCCUGACUCGUUGGAGGAUCUCCGAGACAUUCGUGCAUCUAAUCUCACUCCUUCUUCCUCGGCUUCCUCAUCGUCGUCCAGUUCCUCGUCUUCCUCCAGCGUGGUAGGAGGGAAGAUGAUGUUUGGCGUUCGAAUGUUUGAGCAGCCGAGUCCUGCUAAAAGUGACCAUGUGCCUAAAAUUUCAAACCCAGCUACUCAGCAUAACAUUAAUGUAUCUAAUGUAAGGCCGGUCGAGGAAGUAGUUCUGCCACUUCCUCCAGUGCACUCUGAGAAUCUUAUAGAGCAACCAUGUGAUCUGAGAAAGAGAACGGCUGGUCGAAGCGCCACCUUGAAAGAGCGUCCCCGGUUUGGACGCACUUACACAUGUGACGACUGUGGGUUUGUCUUCAGCUGUGAGAAGCUUCUUAUUGAACACAUCCUCACGUGCACCAACCGUAAAGCGUACCAAGCCCCAAAAGUCGGCAAAGCCACUGACAGUGACUCCAGCAAAGGUGAGAGCUCGGCUUCUGAAGGAACCGGAGACCAGAGAGCGGUUUGUAAAGGUGAGGAAGACUGGCCCGAUCACAAGGCUGAUCCCGAAUCUGUCAUCAGAUCCAUUGCCACUGGGAUGGACAACGAUUCAAUGUCUAAAGUGAAGAUCAAAGUAGAGCAGGAGGAAGACUCGGAUACUGAAACAGAAAACUUAAAAGUGGUCCAGAUCAGAAACCACAGCAUGGGGAGCUGCACAGUACGUCAAAAAACGUUUAGAAACAAUGUCGGAGAUAACAUGAGAUUUGACAGUGAGGAUGAAGCAGGAGUUUCUGCCACAGACGAUGGCGCUCUGGAGGGCAACAGUAAGGGUCCAGAAGCAAAGGUUUGCCGGAUUAAAGAGGAGAAGCAGGAUGGAGAGUGCACUCCGUGUGAGCUGUGUGGCGCCUUGCUAACCGAGGAGGAUCAGUCUGCUCAUUACAUCUCCAGCCACAUGGGACACAUAUGUGCCUGCGGAAGGUGUGGUCAGGUUCUGAUUAAAGGCAGGCAGCUGCAGGAACAUGCUGAGCGCUGCGGCGAACCCCAGUGCACUGAAACCGAGUCGCCAGGUGAAGAGAGCCCUUUACUGGAAGAUGCCCAGUCGAUGGAGGAAGGCUUGAUCGAAGGUGCUGAAUUGGGCUUCCGUUGUCCUCUUUGUGGCUUGAUCUUUGAGACAGAAAGCCUGGCAGUGGAGCACACUCUGGCCUGUCCGGAGCAGGACACCUUGCGGCCUGCCGCCAUGGAAGAUGAACCAGACCACCGGCGCAAGCAUUUCUGCGCCAUUUGCGGCAAAGGGUUCUACCAGCGGUGCCACUUGCGUGAGCACUACACCGUUCACACCAAGGAAAAACAGUUCACCUGCCAGACCUGUGGCAAACGGUUUCUACGUGAGCGCCAGCUUCGUCUGCACACCGACAUGCACAAGGGGAUGGCACGCUACGUGUGUCCCGUGUGCGAUCAAGGCACCUUCCUGAAGCACGACCACGUGCGCCACAUGAUAUCCCACCUGUCAGCCGGGGAGACCAUCUGCCAGGUGUGCUUCCAGAUCUUUCCCAGCAGCGAGCACUUGGAGAAGCACAUGGACGUUCACCUGUACAUCUGUGGUGUGUGCGGGGAAAAGUUUCGCCUUCGCAAAGACAUGCGAAGCCACUACAACCUAAAGCACACCAAGAGGCAGUGAACGGGAAAAAGGGUAUCAUAAUUAUUUUUUUCUUUUGUUUCCUUUUCAAAUAAACCAUUAUUUGUGAUUAAAUGUGAGAAAUCUAUGCACUUAGACACCAAAUAACCUAUGAAACUGCACUUUUAAUGGUAUGCAUAAUCCAGGUUUUGUUGGAUUUGGUGCCUCGAGCUUUAGGCAUACUUUAUUUGAUAAAUCUCAUUUCAUUUUACUCUGUGUCACAUUUAAUAACACACCAGUUUCAAAGAGAAAUGUUCUUACAUUCUAGUAACUAGUAAAUGUUCCAUUUUCAUUUGAGGAUCAAGUUUCCUGCUUGUCUUACAGUUACGUAAUAAGCUGGUUUUACGCUGUACGAGAUUUGGCCUAGAUCUUUGCUGUUGUGUAUAAUUGUAAAAAAAAAAAUCUAAAAUCCUAACCUCAGCCUUUAGCGUCUUUAUAACCAAGAACGAACAAUGAUAAUGUUCUGUCAGAGCGAGAAUUAAAAAAAGUAAAAGAAAAAUCGCUGCUACAAGAUUUGUUUGAAAUCCACCAAUCGGAGGACAGUUUAGGACGACGGCUACUUUUAGCUUUAUUAAUAACUGAAGCUCACUUAUUUAUGUAAAUCUGUUUUCUGCAGAACAGCAUCAUUUUCUUUCAUUGUUAGACGAUCUUUAUCGUACCACCGAAUAUGGAGACCGCACAACAAUCUUGUUACACCUCUGAAAUCGUACAGUUUAAAACCAGUUUAAACAGACUAAAAGUUGUUUUUUGGUGCUCUGUAUUUUUAUUUUUUGUGAUCUGUUACAUUUUUGUUCUGAUGAAUAUUUUGAUUCAUUGCACACCUGACUAAUUCUUUUCAGGUGAACGUCUUUAGAGAUGAUAUUCUCUAAGCCUUAACUCCGAGGCUCUUUAGCAUUAACGUAUACUGUAUAAGUCCUUUUUUUUUCUACACAACAGAACACUAAACUAUUUCAUUUAAUACAGUCUUGAAACACUUAUAUGGACUCGUAUCGCUAGUUUGGAUUAUUUUACUUUUGUCAUCGUUUGUUUUACACUUAAUCUGGGAAUUAAUGUAAAAAACUAUGCAACUGAGGCUUAUUAUAAAUGAUUUUCUUCAAUCAAAA